GAAGGCAGAGAGUGGAGAGCACACCAGUGAGGAGUUUCCUCCUUAUGUUUUUUUUCCACAACAAGCAGGAUCAGAUGUGACUUUUGUCAUCGUCACCACCACCUACAUGACAUGGGCUAAAGCCCAGAGCUACUGCAGAGCUCACCACACAGACCUGGCCAGUGUGAGAAACGUGACUGAGAACCAGAAGAUACGGGCGUUGACAGCUGUAGGACACUGGACCUGGAUUGGCCUUUUCAGAGACUCCUGGAAGUGGUCAGAUGGAAGUAACUCCUCAUUCAGGUUCUGGAAGAACGGGCAACCUGAUAACAAGAAUGGGACUUGUGUGGCUGCAGACUUCAGCCAAUCAGGAACCUGGGAGGACUGGCCCUGUGACAUGGAGAGAGCGUUCAUUUGCUACGGUCCAGUGGUGUCUGCCUCAAAGAAAGUGAUGAAAGUGAAGUUUGAGAACAAGAAGAAUCUGGAUCUGAAUGACCCUGCUGUGAUGGAGGCCAUGUUGAAGCAGCUGAAACAGAAGCUGAGGGCCCAGGGGCUGGACGACAACAUCAAACUGAGCUGGAGGAAGCAGGCCGAUGGAAAAGUCUUCCACAAGGAAGACAAGAAGACAAACAAGAGGAGGAGGAAGAGGGAGGAGCUGUAAUGUUGAGUUGCUGCGUCUGUUUUCAUCAGAGAAAAGUCUGGUUCUUUGCAAGCAGAAAUACUAAAUAUAUUCACAGCUUCUAGCUUCUCAAA